AUGUCUGCACUCGAUCUCAAAUUUCGAAAAAUUUAUGAUCAGACUAUAAAAUGUUUAGUAACUGUCUUACACACGAACAAGACUUUGACAACACUUGAUCUUGCUCAGAAUUAUAUUAGUAUAGAAGGUGCACAAUAUCUCAUGAAUUUUUUAAAAAUAAACACAAUACUUACGAUUUUACAUUUGAAUUGGAACAAAAUUGGUACUGAAGGUGUACAAUAUCUGGCCAAUGCAUUAUAUAACAACACAACACUCAAAGUAUUAGAUCUUGGAGGAAAUUGUAUUGGUGAUGAAGGUGCACGAUACUUGGCAAAUGCAUUAAAAAAUAACACAACGCUUACAAAAUUAAUACUUUGUGAGAAUCGAAUUAGUGCUGAGGGAGCACAUCAUCUCGCUAAUGGAUUACGUGAUAACACAACACUUACAACGCUAGAACUUGGCGAAAAUCAGAUUGGUUCUAAAGGAGCACAAUAUCUUUCUAUUACACUAGAAACCAAUACUGUGAGUACUAGUGUAUAUUAA